AUGACGCUCGACCUCAGUCUUUACUUAGUCACAGACUCUACAUCUGCGAUACUCGGAAGCCGAGAUAUCUACAAAGUUGUUGAGGAGGCGUGUAAGGGUGGAGUUACUAUCGUCCAAUACAGAGACAAAACGAGUGACACAGGACUUCUCGUGGAAACAGCUACGAGGCUUCAUGAGAUUACGAAACGAUACAAUGUUCCUCUUAUUAUAAAUGACCGUGUGGAUGUCGCUAUGGCGUCUGGUGCUGAGGGUGUGCAUCUGGGACAAGAUGAUAUGUCAAUAACUGCCGCCAAGAAGAUUCUGAGCAAAGACGCCAUUGUCGGAAUCAGUGCAUCAUCGGUCGAAGAGGCCGUGAAGGCUGUUGAAGAAGGGGCUGAUUAUCUAGGCAUUGGCACGUUGUUUGCCACUCCGACGAAAACAAAUACAAAAAACAUCAUUGGCACAGCAGGUGUAAAGACCAUACUUGAUAGUAUCAGCCGUCUCAAUCGCACUGUUGGCACAGUCGCAAUCGGAGGCAUCAAUCUGUCCAAUGUGCAACGGGUACUGUACCAAUCAGCAGGGCAAAACAAGGCCCUCGAUGGCGUAGCUAUAGUCAGCGCAAUCAUCGCGGCAGACGAUCCCAAGUCAGUUGCGGAACAAUUCAAACAGGCUAUAGCUAUACCGCCGCCUUUCAUUACAGGAAGCCCUGAGAUCUCUUCGUCUGUCGAUGCGGGCGCACUGGCUGCGGCUGUUCCGGAAGUGGUUCAAAAGGUGGUGAACUGUCACCCUAUCGUCCACAGCAUGAUAAAUUUUGUUGUUGCAAAUUUUGUUGCGAAUGUGGCUAUCUCAGCCGGUCUAUCACCCAUAAUGUCCCAAUACGGCGAUGAAGCAAAAGACCUCGCCGUCCACAGAGGCGGCCUAGUCAUCAACAUGGGCACACUGACCAGCGCAAGCAUUGGGGAAUAUCUCAAAGCAAUCAAAGCAUAUAAUACCAACGGCAACCCCGUCGUCCUCGAUCCCGUUGGUGCUGGAGCCACCGCAAUCCGCCGAGAUGCGGUCAAGACGUUGAUGGCUGGCGGCUACUUUGAUCUCAUUAAAGGGAACGAGCGAGAAAUACGGCAGGUCUAUGGAAAUACGAGCAAUCUUACGCAGCGGGGUGUCGAUAGUGGACCGAGUUCGUUGAAUGAUGUGGAAAAGGCUACCUUGGCUAGAGAUCUAGCACGUAGGGAGCGAAAUAUUGUCCUUCUUACCGGAGCAGUCGACUACCUAAGUGAUGGAUAUCGCGUUAUUGCAGUGAAGAAUGGUCACGAAUUACUUAGUAAAGCUACAGGAACUGGGUGUGCCAUUGGCACAGUUUGCGGCGCCUACAUGGCAGCUUAUCGGGACGACAAGUUUCUCGCAGUGCUCGCAGGAUUAUUGAUGUAUGAAAUAGCGGCUGAGAAUGCAGCUGCAAAGAACACGGUACAUGGACCAGGGUCAUUCCUUCCUGCGUUCCUCGAUGAGGUUCAUUCCAUAUGGGGUAAAGCUUCACAAGGUAAUGUGACAUGGGCGCAUGGACGCGCCAAAAUUGAGGAAAUCCAAUUGUAA